UCGGGAUAGAGGAAGUUAGCCAGGCUCCUUUCCUUAGAGCCACGGCAUGGGCUGCUUGGGAGGAGUGGAGCCGGCUUGGGAAGGAGUACGACAAAAAGAGGGAAAAUAUGGACAUGGAAAAGCCCAGAGACUUUGGCAGUCUUCGAGCAAUGUUUCAAAAUGAUUCCAAUUUUUCCAAUAUACUCCUGGAGUCUGCAAAGAAGCCUCCUGCCAAAUUCAGUCCACGGCAAAAUACUGGUGGCUCAUCUGUGUCUCUUCCCACACCAAAACCCUUGCACCGAAGGCAGGUUCCAGAUCCUGAACAGCAAGCCAAGCAGUUCAGCUACACGUCACAGAAAUUUGAAAUCAGUCAAGUCAAGCCUAUGGUAUUCCCAAAGGUCAAGUUCAAAGAUAGGAAAGACUCAAACCUCUCUGGAGCCAUUUGCAAGCCACCUUCAUCAGGGGAAGAAUCACAGAAACCGCAUCCAAGAUCUUGUCUUUCUCCUCAAGGGUCUGAAGGAGCAAGCAGUUCUUUUCGCAACACACUGCACAUUUGGGAAAGUGCUUCAGCACAAGGUGACCAGAAAUGUGGUGCAACACCACCACAGUGUACAAUCAGGACAACUUCUCUUUCCCACCCACAAGUUGUUAAUGUUGCGAUUUCGACAGAGGAUAAAGCAAAAAUAGCUGGACUUAAGCAAGGGAUGGUCCUUGAUGCGUGUAAGCCUCCAUCCCAGGUACACAAUGAAUUUGUUCCUACAACUUCACCUCUGGUUCCUCCAAGAAGUCAUACAAGCUUAAAUAAAGUGGUUGCUGGUUUUUCUCCAAGUAGUUUGAACAAUCCGAACAGUCUAAGCAAGGCCUCAAAUGAAAGAUGUCCUGAUGAUGAAGAUGCCAAGCUUCCAAAAAUCAAGCUCCUUCCUUCUAUCAAAGAACUUGGUCCUCCUCCAAAGAAGCCACCAAGACCUCCCAAGGUAGAUCUUGGUGCCUUCCAGCAGAAUUUUCCAGAUACUCCAGAUGAUGCAUACUUGACUCCUGAAAUUACUGAACUGGAAGAUUUGAACACCUAUGAAGAAACCAUAUAUUACCAGGAACAGCAAGAGAACUGCCCUAAUCCUGCUCAACGGCCUAUACACUCUUUCAAGUCUUUGAAAAAGGAAGAUACUAAGAUUUGCAGUCCCAGAAGUAUAUUCAUGAAACCCCGAAUCAGAGGGAAUGAGAAGAACAUGCCCCAAGAGGAAACAAAUCAGUGUUUCUCUGGAGAAGGAUUGGCAAAGGAUGGAGAUUUUUCAGAUGAUUAUGUAUGCCUGGAAUCUUUAAGAACAGAUGAAGGGAAAUGGAACCCAGAUCUAAGAACUGCUACGUUGGAGCAAACUGCAGAGGAAUUGUAUGAUGAUGUGGAAGGAAUAGAGAGAGACCUACAAUCCUCUGAUGCCCACAGAUCAUUUGCUUUACAUUCCAAUGAUACCUAUGAAGAAACGUAUGAGGAUAUUCAAAGUGAAAUUCAAAGUGAAGGUUAUAAUUCCUCCAAAUCGGAAAUUUCUGGAAAAGGAAUUAUUCAUUCCAGGAAUUAUAAAAGAGAUAUCAAAAUCGAAAAACUCAAAGGAUUUGGAAAAUUUUUCAAAGAAAAAUUAAAAAUAAAAAGCGCACACAUGAAAGAGAGUUCCCGCAAUCUUUCCCGUUCUGUACCAAACCUAGAUGUCAUGGCCCAGGAAAACUUGGUGUAUAAUGACAUUGACCCAGAACAAAAUGAUACAAGAAAUCCCUUUAAAGUCAAGAAAUACAUUGUAGAAAAGAAUAACAAGAUGACAAAGGAGGAACAAUCGUUUAGAGAGAGAUUUAUGUAUAAUAAAGAAAUCACAGUAAUAAAUACAGCAGUCGCACAUUGCUCAAAUACUCCUAUCAGAGGAAACCUGGGCUUGAGGAUCUUGCCUGGAGAACAACUUGAAGUUAUAGACAUCACUGAAGGAAAUCAACUGAUAUGUCGGAAUUCUGAAGGAAAAUAUGGGUAUGUGCUGUUAGAACAUUUGAAUUUCAGGCACUAGUGCUGUACAACUGAAGGCCAACACGUAUGACUUUUGGAAGGAUGUUGUAGGCACAAUAGAGGGGAAAUAGUCUGUAAGAAUUUUUGUUGCUUGGGAAAGAAAACAAAAAUGGAAUUGUGGACAACGCACUCAGCCUGAAUUCUUCAGAAGCUUACAACUGCUACUUUUUAAAUGAUUGUCAUAAAAGUGACUUUUUUAUAUUUAGUGUUUGAUACUCAUGUUAUCCUGUCCAAAGUUUAUCAAUCUGGGUACAGGCCGAGAUACAAAUAACUUAAUGUCAUUGUCUGUAAAAACAUUUUUUUCAAACUUUGUUUCAAGUUACAACUCUUCCCAGAGCAGCUCUUUUUCGUGGCAAUUGCAAAUGUCACUUUGGUUCUUUGGAUAUUGUACAGCAAUACUUAGUCUUUGUGUGCAAGACGUAUUACCUGCUAUCGACACAUUGUUUUUGUAUGUAUUUUGUCAAUGUUAGGAGUAUCACACUUGGCUUUGUAUUUAAUCCUAUAUUUAACCAGUGUAAGAAUUUGUGGACUUAGCAUUUAGAAAAAAAUAUUGGGAGUCCAUUUGAUGCACUAUUUUUAAAUGUAAAUAGGAUAAAUAAAGGAUGAAUUGGCAAUUAACACAUUGCUGCUAGUUGUACAGUUUGACAUAAAACUUUGCAGAACUUAAACACAUACUUAAAAGUG